GAGGAGGAGGGGUUGGGUGGUCGGUGAUGCCCAAAUGCCCCCGGUCCGCCGAAUUGGGUCCGAGCAGCCGACACUUCACCGCGAGCCAUGAAAAACUGCGAGUAUCAACAAAUCGACCCGCAGGCACUCCCGGCCGCCGCCCCGACCCCUCCGCCGCCCCCCGGACCGGACGGGGACCGGGGAGAGGAGCCGGCGGCGCCGAGGAGGAAGUGGCAGGUCUUCCCCGGAAAGAAUCGCUUCUACUGCGACGGGCGGAUCAUCGUGGCCCGCCAGAGCGGGGUCCUGCCCCUCACGCUGGGUCUCAUCGUCAUCACGUGUGGAUUGUUCUUCAUAUUUGACUGUCCCUUCCUGGUCAAACACCUGACCAGCUGCAUACCUGUUAUUGGAGGACUCCUCUUUGUGUUUGUGGUCAUCACGUUGCUGCAGACCAGCCUCACUGACCCCGGCAUCCUGCCCAGGGCCACACCAGAGGAGGCUGCAGACAUCGAAAAACAGAUUGACAACACUGGAAACGCCAGCUAUCGGCCUCCGCCACGCACCAAGGAGGUCCUCAUCAACCAGCAGGUGGUGAAGCUCAAGUACUGCUUCACCUGCAAGAUGUUCCGGCCUCCCCGCACCUCCCACUGCAGCCUGUGCGACAACUGUGUGGAGCGAUUCGACCAUCACUGCCCGUGGGUAGGGAACUGUGUGGGAAAACGCAACUACCGCUUCUUCUACACCUUCAUCGUGUCGCUCUCCUUCCUGACGGCGUUCAUCUUUGGCUGCGUGACCACACAUCUCGCCCUGAGAGCUCAAGGUGGAAAAGGCCUUGUGUUCGCUCUGCAAGAGAGUCCAGGCAGUGCAGUGGAGCUGGUGGUAUGUUUCUUCUCCGUCUGGUCCAUCUUGGGCCUCUCGGGCUUCCAUACAUACCUGGUCUCUUCCAACCUGACCACUAAUGAAGAUAUCAAAGGUUCCUGGUCAGGGAAGAGUGGAGAAGAUGUCUCCAACCCGUACAGCCAUAAAAACAUCUUUGUAAACUGUUGUUCUGUGCUCUGUGGACCGAUGCCACCCAGCUUGAUUGACAGGCGGGGUUUCCUGCCCGCGGAUGAAUCCGUGCAGACCGCCGGCGUGGACACUGAGCCGGCCACCCUGGCCCCUAAAAGUGUGGUAGGAGACUCUUCCACGUUGGCUUUUGGCUUGCAGGAAUCCCAUCUGUCCCCGUGCCUGCGACCCCCCCCAAACUGUUCCUCCGCCUGACGUAGCUCCAACCCGGCCGCUGUGCGGAGCUGUUGUUGACUGUUAAUCCCCACGUACACUCUGCUUGCACUAAAGCCAGAGCUUUGGUAUUUAUUGGUGUUUUAUUGUUUAAAACAAAAAAAAAGAAGAAA